CUGUGUUGUGUUAGCUGCGGCGCGAGCAAGAUUAGAGCGCGCUCCCACCGCUACGAAGAAAUUCUCCUCCUCCAUCGCUUCGCGCCCCUCUUCGCUGUGGAGACUUUCUUUCUCGGAGGUGAGCGAUCUGCCAGUGUGCCGCAUUUUGCCUCCCUUCCCCGUCCCGCGAAUCUGAGCGUCGCGCGGAUGAAUUUCUUGGCCCUGCAUUCUCGAUUCUCCAGCGUUUGCUGCGGCGGAGCUUCUAAUCGAGAAAUUCGUGGCUUUCUUUUCUUGGUGAGCUAAUCGCGUUGCUGGAAUUUAGGGUGCUCGCGUCCAGCGCAAGAACACGCUGCCUCUGGCUUGGAAGCCGCCAUAGUUUGGCUUGGAAGGUACUCCAUCGAGCAAGAAUUCUUCCCCCUCCUCUCUUUCUAUCUCUUCAAAGCAUGAUGAGGAGAUGAGGAAGAUCAUCGCCAUGCUGCUUCAUUCCAAGAGCUGAGCUUCAUCUUCUUCGUUCUUCCCGACGACCACCACUGUCGGAAGCGUCGUCCCCGACCAAAGAUGACCUCGGGAUCUUCUCCGGAGCCGCUCGACUUUUUCAUCUGGACACCGGAGGACGUUGGCGUUUGGCUCGAAGAGAUCGGGCUCGGGAGUUACAGGGAGACGUUCAAGCAAAAUGGAGUGAACGGCGAGUAUCUCGAUAACUUAUCCUCGUUCACUACGGAACAAAUCCUUCGGUUCAUCCGGCGGUGUCAUAUGAAAUGGGGGGACUUCAUCACGCUAUGUAAAGAGCUGCGCAACAUCAAAGUGGCGUGCUUGCGAGGAGAACAGGAGGUUAGAACCCCGUGGUGGGCGCCCUCGUGUUUUACAAGCGUUUUCACGAGGCUAGCAAAGCACAACAGGCAAUCCCGUGUUGUUUCCUUGAGAUUCGAUCCAUGAAACAUAGUUUACCGGGUGCAUGAUUUAAGGUGUAGCGUUGUAAGACUGAAAUCUCUCCUUGCAGCCAUCUCCCGGCUGCGAUCCAAGCUUCAAGAGGCUGAGUGAGAGGUUGGAGAGGUUGCCUCGUCAAGUCUCGAAGCUGGCAUGGUCUAAAAUUCCUCCCCCAGCAGAGACGAUUGUCAAUGACUGAUAAAGACAUCACGAUCGACACGAUGCCAAGAAAGAGAAGAAGAGCCAAUCUCAAAGUUCAGUGGAUAAACUUAUCCAAAGACGACACUGUUGAUCCGUACGUCAAAACCGGUCGAAUAAUCAGACCCGGCUGGACAAAAUGGAAACCAUGGUUUUAAAUAGGAAGAUCAACGAAAUCUCUACAA